AUGGAUGACCUGGAUGUGCUGGCACGGGAUUUUGGGUUCCGACCCCAAGGAAAAUCAAAUCCAAUGAGAUCCGACCAGGCGGAUCGCCGCCCCGCCCGAUCUGUUGACGAUCAGAAUCGUGAUGGGUUGUUGUUCAACGAUGUAUUCGGUGGGCCUCCUAAGUAUACUUCGAGUUCGAGUUCUAAUAGUAAUAACAAGCCGUCGUCCAUGAAUGAUUUUGACUAUGAAUCGAUUUUUAAGUCGGAAUCGAAAGUUUCAAACAGUAAUACAGGCGGUAAUAAAACGUCGUCCUUGCCGGUGUACGAUAAGCCUGUUUAUGAUGAUGAUAUAUUCGAUGGUUUGCCGGGGUUGAAGAACAAAUUGGGUCCUUCCUCGGUCAGAUUUGAGGAUGAUGUGUUUGCUUCAAUUGCAUCGCCGUCCGCAAAGAGCAAGAAUCAAAAUAAUUUUGAUGAUUUAUUGGGGAACUUGGGUGGAAAUGACAAGUUUGGGGAGAACAACAGCAGCAAGAGCAGCUCUACUUCGCGAGGGUUCGAUGAUUUGUUAGCUGGGUUUGGGAGUGGCGUUCCUGCCAGGAGCAACAGACCAAUAUCAGAGUCAAGUCGAGGCUCCAUACGAACCGACAACACAACUUCAAACGUGAUGGAAGAACCUUUUGUAGUUAUGGAAUCAACAUCAACCCCCGGAUCAUCGUCAGGGGUAUCUACCGAUCCACUGGAGGAGAUUGGUAAGCUUGGUAAAUCUAGAAGUGCAAGGGCUGAGGCAUCCUCUGUUAGUGAUGGAGUAUUUGAUGACUUAGAUCCUCUUAACGGAUUUGGAAAACCUGUCCAUCCAUUUUCUCCUGGGAGAGAUAAUGGAGGUAAGGACGGGAGCCCCUCAAGAACAGGAACACCUGUAUCUUCUGGUUUUAGAGAGCAGACAGGGAAAUCUUCUUACAGAUAUUCGGGGAGCAAUGUGGAGAAGAAGGUUCCUUUUGACAAUUUUCAGGAACCUCCCUUGUUCGAUGUGCCAGAUGUUUCAUCAUAUUCACACAAAUCCUUUGAUCAGUCUUCCCCUCCUCCGAACUACGAAACAACCUCCCAGGUUGAUGCGUCUCAGUCAGUAGAAGAGCAGGGACUGCAAUCAGAUGAUGUAUGGCUUACCGUAUCAGAGAUUCCUCUUUUUACUCAACCCACGAGUGCUCCACCCCCUUCACGAUCACCUCCACCAAUUCCUCGUCAAACUUCAAAGUCCGAAACUGGUACCUUCUCUUCAAAUUUGAGAAAGAAGGAUGAUGAAUUUUCUUCUCCCAGGAGUUAUAAUCAAUACUCUCAAAGUCCUAACGUUGCUCAACCUGCAGCCAAGAGCCCUCCAGUUUCACAGUUGGAGGAACUUGAUGAUUUUGCCAUGGGUAGGUACCAUUUCAGUGUUGAUGAAAGUGCCCAUUUUCAUGCUAGUGAAGAGAAUAAUGUGACCUCUGCAGCCGCUGCAUCUGCAGCUGCUAUGAAGGAGGCUAUGGAUAAAGCUGAGGCUAAAUUUAGACAUGCUAAGGAAGUACGUGAAAGAGAAUAUGCAAAGGCUGCUAGAAGUAAGGAAUCUUUGCAUCUGGAAAAAGAUGACCAGCAAGAUGCUCUGGAGAGAGAAUUUAGGGAAAACCAGGAGAAAUUAGAGCGUGAAAGGAAACAAGUGGAAGAGGAAGAGAGAGAACAAAGGAGACUUGAGAGGGAGAGGGAGAGAGCAAAGCAGAUUGAAAGAGAAAGGGCUAGACAGGCUGUAGAAAGGGCUACCAGGGAAGCACGUGAAAGAGCAGCUGCUGAAGCUCUCUCAAAAGCUGAAAGGGCCGCUGUUGGGAAGGUAAAUGCUGAAGCCAGAGGACGUGCUGAAAGAGCAGCAGUUCAGAGGGCACAAGCUGAAGCCCGUGAAAGAGCUGCUGCUGAAGCUAGAGAAAGAGCGGAAAAGGCUGCUGCAGAAGCUAGAGAAAGAUCUGCUUCAGAAGCAAGGGAGAAAGAAGCACGAGAAAAAGCUGCGGUUGCAAGGGCUGAAGCUGAGGUAAGGCGUCGAGCUGAACGAGCUGCUGUUGAAAGAGCUGCAGCAGAGGCUAGGGAGAGAGCUGCUGCAGAAGCACGAGAUAAGGCAGCAGCUGCUGCUAAGAUGAGCCAACAAAAGAAUGAUAAUGAUCUGGAGUCCUUUUUCAGCAUGGGAUCUCGACCAAGCAGUGUACCUAGGGCCAGAACAGAUUCGGUUGAUCCUCUAUUCAACCAGCAAUUCCAGGACAAGGCAGGAUCUGAAGCCGCAAAGAGGACAUCAUCUUCUAGUGGGGCCUCCAAUAUGCGAAAAGCUUCUUCCACUACUAACAUCGUAGAUGACCUAUCUUCUAUUUUUGGAGCUGCUGAAUCAUCUGGAACAUUCCAGGAUGUUGAAGGGGAAACUGAAGAAAGAAGAAGAGCAAGACUCGAGCGCCACCAACGCACUCAAGAGCGGGCUGCCAAAGCACUUGCUGAAAAGAACCAGCGGGAUCUUCAAGCUCAAAGGGAUCAGGAAGAAAGACAUAGGGUUGCUGAAACAUUGGAUAUUGAAAUCAAGCGUUGGGCUGCGGGGAAAGAAGGAAAUUUGCGUGCUCUACUGUCAACUAUGCAAUAUGUGCUUUGGCCUGAAUGUGGAUGGCAGCCUGUUUCGCUGACAGAUUUGAUUACUGGUGCCUCUGUCAAAAAAGCUUACAGGAAAGCUACCCUUUGCAUCCAUCCUGAUAAGGUGCAACAAAAAGGUGCCACUCUCCAACAAAAGUACAUUGCUGAGAAGGUGUUUGACCUGCUUAAGGAAGCCUGGAACAAAUUUAACUCGGAGGAGCUUUUCUAA